UCCCCUCUGUGUACUGUCGGUGUUUUUAACAGCCGUAAAUGGCCUUCUUCGUUGUUCUUUGGUGAAGUUAACAAAAAAGAAACGACGCUAAAUGUAAGGAAUAGUCGUCGACGGUGAUAUAUGCUGGAAAUAAAUAACCUCGGCGUUUUGUUAACAGAGCCGCAAAGAGCCUCAUCUGAUCCCCAGCUCCCACAGCGCGGACAUCGGAUGUCAGUUUGUCUUUGAAAAUGAAGACGGACAUCCCUUACAACCAGCUGGUGGAUGUGGAGAGGAGGAGACAAGCGUCCAACAGGAAGGCUGUGUUGUACUCCAGGUGUGUGAUAGCUCUUGCUUCUGUGGCCACCGUGCUGCUGGCCGCCAUGGCCCUCUACAACCUCCUCACACCGAGGGUUUCCUCCCCGCACCCUGCCCCGAGCAGCAGCCUCCACCUGUCCCAGAGAGAGUCCUGCUCCGACCCCUGCAACAUCGUUCUGGUGGAGAGCAUCCCCGAGGGUCUGGAGUUUAACUCCAGCACCACUCACCCCUCCAUCUUCCAGGCCUGGACCAACCUGAUGUCUGAGGCUCGCAGCAGCCUCGACAUCGCCUCCUUCUACUGGACGCUCACUAACAAAGACACCGGCACGCAGGAGCCCACAGCCUAUCAGGGUGAGACAGUCCUGAAGAAACUCAGCGAGCUCUCGGGAAAGAUUUCUGUUCGCAUCGCCGUCAACACUCCGCAGCAGAGUCAACCGCAGGACGACCUCCGACUGCUCAACGACUCAGGAGCCAACAUAAGGACGGUCAACAUGAGGAAACUCACCUCAGGCGUCCUGCACACCAAGUUCUGGGUUGUGGACAAGAAACACAUUUACAUCGGCAGCGCCAACAUGGACUGGAGGUCCCUCACACAGGUGAAGGAGCUGGGCGCCGUCGUCUACAACUGCAGCUGCCUGGCUGCAGACCUCGGGAAGAUCUUUGAGGCGUACUGGUUUUUGGGUGACAGUCAGUCGAUCCCGUCGCCGUGGCCCAACAGCUUCUCCACCCUUUACAACAAGGACACGCCCCUUCAGCUGCCGCUCAAUGACACGCCGUCCAGCGUCUACCUGUCGAGUUCUCCUCCAUCUUUCUGUGCAGCCGGCCGGACUCCAGACCUCCAGUCCAUCGUCAGCGUGAUGGAGGACGCCGAGAGCUUCAUCUACAUCGCUGUCAUGAACUACCUGCCCACCUUGGAGUUCUCUCAUCCUAAAAGGUACUGGGCGGACAUCGACACUCAGCUGAGGAGAGCGGCAUACGAGAGGCGGGUCAAAGUGCGUCUGCUGAUCAGCUGCUGGGCCAGCACGCAGCCGGUCAUGUUUCCCUUCCUCAAAUCCCUCGCCUCGGUUUACGACCCCAAGAGCAAGCUGGACGUCCAGGUGAGACUGUUUGUGGUGCCUGCUAGCCCCGAGCAGAAGGAGAUUCCCUUCGCCCGAGUGAACCACAACAAGUACAUGGUGACUGACAAGAUAGCUUACAUAGGUACGUCCAACUGGUCGGGUGACUACUUUGUGAGCACGGCUGGAUCUGCGUUGGUGGUGAACCAGACGGCGUCAGAGUCCCAGGAGCCGACCGUCCAAUCACAGCUGAAGGCCGUGUUUGAGAGAGACUGGAGCUCCGACUACAGCGCUCCGCUCACCCAGGACACAAACCUCAGAGACUUGUGUUAGCUUGGAACGGCGUGCGUCAGACACUUCUAACCGUGCAAUCAUUUGACUUAUUUUUUUCAUCCACAUGGAUUCUGUUCAAGUGAGCGGGAACGAAAGUUCAGUGAGUGAAGGUGGAAGCUGGAAGGUGGAGUUUCUGUAGGUUGAAAGGAAGAUAAAAGUGUUCACUUAGUUAACCAGGUUGGAGUCUUUUUUGAGCAUGUGCCAAGUUAAACUAAAACUGCAAAGUGCCGAUAUCACAGUCAAAGGCGGUUCAGGGGAGCCUGAUUUGAGCUUUAUGUCUUUGCUGAUUCUGUCAAAUCUUCCUCCUAAUUCAGACUCCAUGUGUUUGUCUUUCAUGUAUUACAUGUUACUCAAACCAGUGUUAAAAAAAAAGGGUCAGCAGUCAGAACGUACUACCACAUUUCACUGUCUUUAUCUUCUAAGUAUUUUUAUCAGGUGUGUUUUUGUCAUGUAGUGUUAGUAGCAGUAGGGGGCGCUGUUCUGAAUCACUGGAUAAAGUGAUUUAUCCACCAAUCAUUUUUCUGUUUUAAAUUUGAAUAUUGAUGAGUUUUUUUAUUUUAUUUUCUCAGCUCAUCUCAGGGAGGAACGUGUUUGAGUGUUUUCAUGACUUUAGUUUGCUGGAAUAAUAAACGCUCUCUCGCAGCAGGUGUGCUGUGCCGGAGCUGUUAAUGAGAUGCAGGAUUUUAAAGUUCUGCUCAUCACGCUCCACUUUAAAAAAAAAAAAAAAAAAAAAAAAUAGAUUUAAUUUGAAAGUCUGCGGUGCACACAUGGGGGAGUAAAGGUUUGCAGCAGCAGUAGAUGAGGAUGAACUCUUUUAAUUUCCACUGUGUGGAGUGAUUGAAACUUCCAAUUAGUCAAGAGGCGGUUGUUAUGGCAACUCUUCAAAGAAGCAUGUUUUAUUUUUUGCAGAGCAGGUUUAUAAAAGCUUUGGAGCAGACAUGUUGUUCUUGUCGUUACCUCUUUCCUCUUUCUAAAUAAAUGUUCUGAAUCAA